GUACGAGAAAGUGAUUCCCAGGACCCGUACGGGCACCGAGUGGUCCGCCUGUUAGACGACUUCAAGAUUAGUGGUGUUAACGGAACCCAUGUUUGUAUGGUAUUCGAGGUGUUGGGCUGUAAUCUAUUGAAACUCAUUAUCCGAUCUAAUUAUGAGGGCAUUCCUCUCACUAAUGUUAAGCGAAUAAUACGACAGGUUUUAGAGGGUUUGGAGUAUUUGCACACAAAAUGCAAGAUCAUUCACACCGACAUUAAGCCCGAGAACAUACUGUUAACUGUGGACGAGUCGUACGUGAGACGACUGGCCAACGAGGCCUACCAGUGGCAACAAAUGGGAGUCAAGUUACCCGGAUCACUCAUCUCGACCGCCCCGAAGGAACUGUUAGGUCCGUCGACGGCCACAAAGAUGUCGAAGAAUAAGAAGAAAAAGUUGAAAAAGAAAGCGAAAAAAGUGGCGGAAAUUCGAGAGAUCCAAAUGCAACAGUUGGCAGAAGUGGAACUCAGGGAACAGUUGACUACCGGCCCGGCCGGCGGGUCUUCCUGUCCGCGACUGCCCUACGAAUACGACGGUUUGCCCACCGAUGAGGACGACUGCGGUGUCGUUCACCACCGAAACGGCGCCGAACGGCUGCGCUGUGUGGACGAGGAGGAGGUGGAAGAGGCCUCAGAGGCGUACCCAUCGAAUCACGUGACGGGUUCAGACAUGUGCAACGGACACCGCUAUCCGCACACCAGGAUUACGGUGGAGGACAGCGACGCCCUCGGAGUGGAUAACGUAAACAUUAGUGAGACGUCGAGCGCCCGGAACCGUUUAGAGAGGUCUGAAAGCGCUUUAGUUACUAAUUACCAAAAAUGCAAAGAAUCUGGUAUCAGACGAGUGGCCAGUUGUCCC